CGUCCACAUCUGUCAGGGCAGGAGCAAAGCACAGGUCCAUAAUCUGUGAACCUGGGGCCCUUCAGAACUGUCCCGCUGCUCACUGACAGCAGAGGCUGCAAAACUUAGGACUACGGGCAUGUCUUCCUCCUCAUCUUGUCACGGGCUCCAAGUCUAGGAGUGUGAAACAUGGACUCACAGUUUGGACUGGCGUUGCCCGGAUAGACUAGCCAGGGAGACUUCUGUUCCCAGUGCCCAAGGAUUCUCCAAAGACUGCGAAGGGAGAAGAUGGUGAGAAGCUGAAACCAUGGGGUGCACGCCAUCACACAGCGUCCUUGUCAACAGCGUGGCCAAGAGUGGCAUUCAGUUUUUUAAGAAGCCCAAAGCAAUUUUGCCAGAAUAUCAGAAGGGCAGGCAAAAAUGCCCCAUCCCUCUGCUGGUUCAAAGUUCCUCCUUCUGUGACCCUGGCUGGGAACCACACCUGGGACAGAGGUCAGCAGAGGAGUCAGUGGGUUCCAAGGAGCCCCAAACCAUGGCUGAAGGUCUUUGUCAGUUCACGGAAGAUAUGAAAGGACCGAUUCCAGAAAGUCAAAGAUUCCAGCUGAACAAUCCGCAAAGCCACACAGCUACGGACAUGUCAUUCAGGACAGUUGGCUCCCACGGGAUACAAGGAGCAGAUGCUGCUGGGCGAGACAGUGAGGAAAACAUGCCCCAGGAGACCUCAAAAUGGGACAGCAAACCAAUGUGCCAUCAGUCAGGCAACCAGAGCCAUUGCCACCAAACCACUCCUGAGUCAAAAGGCAAAGUGGACUUCCCCGAGCCCCUGGUAAAGGCCCACCAGCUCGCUUACACCUAUCUGCAUGCUAGCCUUUCCAGAUACGAGACGAUUCUGCGCCUCGUCCAGCAGGCCAGCCACACCCGGGAGCUGCUACAACCCAUGCUCAGCUUCCUGCUGCUGUGUUUCCAGGAGGUCAGCCAGCUCCUAGGAGAAAUCUCCAGAGACGGAGAAGUGCUCCUCCAGGGAGUUAGAGGGGAUCUGGCCUGGCCGUCCAGGACAGGAGAGCCCUGGGAACAGCCAGACCUCCUGCAACAGUUGCUGCAGUACACGGUCAGCAAGCUGAAGGUGGUCCACGGCACAGUGGCCGACCUCACUGGGAGCUUGCUGGAGAGUUCCAGCAGCUGUCUCAGCACCGCGGCUAGCCACCUGAAGGGUAAGCUGAGCACCCAGAGAGGUAUAGACGAAGGCCUCCUAAGGGCCCUGGGACAACUAGAGAGCCUGACCCCUGGCCAUGGUGACCCUGGGCUGCCGGGUCCACCCUUGUGCUCUGAGGACAGUGGCAUUGGUGCUGAUAAUGAGUCUGUGCAAUCCACGGAGAAGCUGGGCAAGCAAACCAGCUGGGACUUGGCAGCAGAGCCCGGAGAAUGGCAGCCAGGGACUGCACCCCAAGUGGAAGUCAGGGUGGCAGGGCAUGCCUGGCAGAAAGGUCCAUAUUGGACAGGUUCAGACAGACACCAAGACUGUCCGCUGUCGAAGCCUAGGAUAGCGAAGGUUCAGCCUGCGGCACAGGAUAAAGCCAGGCACUCCAGUGCCUCCAGCACGGGCUCAGAAGCAGUCACCUCCAGGCCUCCGGAAGCUGCCAAAAACAUUCUGCGGAAUGCCCUAGGGUUUGAGACCCCUGUGCAAACACAUUUUUCUCAGUGUUCUGGGGUGGUGGAUGCUCCAUCCCUGAGCGAAGAUGAGGACAGCAGCCCAGAGGAGGAAGAUGAAGUUAGCAGCACGGAUCUGCAUGCUGAGCGACAGAAAGCGUCACCUCCAAGACCACGGUCCUCACCUCCCACCCGGGAAAGCCUGUUUCAGCCAUACUCCAGGAAGCUGAGGAGCCCCCAGGCCCAGGAAAUGAUUCUGAAGAUGAAAGAAGCCAUCAGCGAAAGAAUCAAGUUUGUCCCUGUGCCUUCCAGACCCCAGGACUGGGCUGAGGAGGAGGAGAGGACAACAAUGGUCCCUCCAAGACCUAACACAGCCUGUGGCAGCAGGAGGGCCCCAGAGAGACAAAGGAGGUCACAAUCAGAGGGAUGUCUUAAGAGCCACAUGGAAGACCCCACCCUCCAGGAGCUGAAGAGGGUUCAGACAGACCUCAGUCGGAGGCUGGAGGUAUUCUAUGCCCUGGGUGACACACGGCGGGGGCAGAACAGGGAACAAAGUCUGCAAUCCAGGCCAUCAGUGCUGUGGCCCCCUUCCAACUGCAGGGUAAGUCCCGGUAGCACCAUCAGCAAGUUCAAGGGCUCACUCACCAAAAACUUCAGCAUUCUGCCCAAUCAAGACAAGAGCAUCUUGCAAAGAGGGGGUCACCUCUCUGACCGUGAGCAGCCCUGCCAGAAGAAGGCUGAGAAGCUGCCAAAUGCCAUCUUUUGUGGUGAGAAGAACAGUAGGCUUCCCAGGGACACUGAAUGGGACAUCAGGGACUGUCCCACCAGAACAUCAGUGAAGAAGCUCAUUGAGGCCUUUAGUCCCAAUGAGAGUCUGAGGAUGCCCAGGGACUCCAGGAACUUGGGGUCAAGCCCCUGCCUCAGAAAGUUGGGGGUCCCUGCCAUCCCUCCCAGAUUUCCUAUAUACAGGGGGCUAGCCCCUCUGUAUGCUAAGCCCCAAAUUUCUCCAGCAGCAGGCAGAGAACCCCUCAGGGUGGGCAUGGGCUGGAGGCCUUCUGCACCCUUUCCCUCCCUUCCUACAGCAGAGGCAUCUGAUAGUGAGGACAUCAGCUGGGAAGCAGAGGGAGACCUAGAGAACCUCCCCCCACCUCCUCUGGAAAUCCUAAUGGACAAGUCAUUCACUGCUCUGGAACACCCCGAGAGCAGUCAGCCAGCACAGAGCCCAGUGGACGAGACCCUGGUACCAGGGCUGCAAGAAGUUGGCCCACCAAGGAAAACAUGGGCUUCCCCCAAGCUGAGAGCCUCCAUGAGCCCCAUGGACUUGCUCCCUAGCAAAGGCACUGGCAGCUCCCUGAGGCUGUACAGUACUGGGCCAGGGAUCAUCAGGAAUGUGGGCAAUCCCAGAAAGCUGACUUUGGACCUGAACUCCCAGCAAACGGUGGGCCCAAGCUCAGAAGUAGAGGGUGGAGCUCAGAUUCAGGUACCAGUGGAGGAUGCUGCAAGGCUCUCUGAAAAUCGCCAGAAGGUAAACCCUUGGCACCACCAUAACCCCACAUCUGGGCAAAGCAGGACUUUGGAACCCAGCCUGACCCGCUCUUCACAAGGUCCACUCUCUCCAGAAGCAUCCAGGAAGCAUCCAGAGAGAAGCCCUCCAGGAAUCAGGAAAGCCUCUCCCAUGAGAGCACAGUGGGCAUCCCCAGGGGACAGGAGGCUGCAGAGCCUCCCUUCCUCUCGUGGGUUGUCCCAGCCAGGCCUCCCUGCGGUUCUCAGCUCCCCUAGCCCACCUCUGAGCCCCAGAAUGCUGAGCCCACCAGCCACAAAGAAGUCAACUUCCCCACCGUGUGGGUACCUGCAGCUUAACCAAGCCCAGGAGAGCCCACCUGUUCAUUGGACAGAAACAAACACCCCUUCCUCUGCCUCCUCAUCUUCCCCUUCAGCGUCUCCCUCUCAGGGUUCCAAGGAGGCGAGUCACUUUCAGGAUGGUGAAGCCACUGUGACUAAAACACCCAGGAACAAGUGUUCCAUAUUCUGCCCAGCUGCCCCCUCUCAGUUUGAAGCUAAAUCAUCAUUCUCACUAUCCCUUCCAAGGACGCUGCCAGAACCUGGAGGCCCCAACAGGGCCCCAACAGGAGGCUGGAGGGGCAGCUCAGGGUCACGACUGAGGGCAGAUCCGCAGAGGAGAACAACUCUGAGCACCCUCAACCCCCUGCCUUUUGUCAGAAGGACAGCUUCAGAACGCCAGCGCCAGCAGGCUCACCCUCUUCAGCUGCCCGGCUGCUCUUGGGAAUCCCAUCCUUGCCAAAGCAGCAGCGGCAGCAGCAGCAGUGAGGAGAGCCCCAAGCAAGAGCCCCCAACUUUGAAUAACUCCUGUGCCCCAGAAUUGCAGGGCAGCGGCACCAAGUGGGCAUCUCCUUUGGAGCUCUGUGUGCUGGGCCAUGGGCUGCAGCCAGAAGCUCGCAUCAGCCGCAGCCAGGACAGAGCCCAGCCAGAGUAACAACACCAGCAGAAAGAAGUGGCCUGGCACACUGAUGCCAGUGACCCUAGGACACAGGACGCAGCCAUGAGGUGUUUGCACUGCACCACGGAUGGUGGGCAAACCAACUCGAACCGCAGUGUCUUGGACAGACCCUGAAGAUGCCCUGCCUGACGGUCUGCAAAAUCUUCAGCAACAGUUGGGUUCACUUCGCAGCAAAGAUCCUGCUUUGCCUGAGGUUUAAAUGUUAAUGAAAACCUUAGAGCCUGCAAUGAGCCCUUUAUCUUUUCAAGAGCUGGCCUUAACUAGAGGGAAAAUAUAUUUGUUCUUAGAGGGACAUGUGAUAACCAGUGGUGAUGACAGCAUUUAAACCACAACCAUGAGUGAAAUAGUAUCCCCUGGAUAAGAAAACCAAAGUUGUGAGGAAGCGUCCCAGGAGAGCACUCUCCCCCCUCCACCCCGCAACACAAGGAUCUUGCUGAAGUUCAGACAAGUUAGAAGAACAAAGCACAAACAGGUACAGGGUGGUUGGCCUUGGACUCUGCAUUCUUCAUUAAAUUCCAUUGCCUUUGAUUAAUCUAUCACUGUACCUGCCUACAGCAUAAGAAGUCAUACAAACAGUAGGACAAGCUAAUUUUUUUUUUAUUUGCUUUAAGGUUAAAUAUCAUGAUGGUUAAUGCUGUCAAUUUGACAGAAUCCAGAACCACUGAAGAGACAAGUUUUUGCUCAUGUCUGUGAGGGAUUUUCUAGAUUGAGUUUGAUGAGGUAGGAAGCCCCACCCUACUAUGGUUGGCACCUUUCCAUGGAGGUUGGGGGCUGCAGAUCCUGAACCUCAGAAAAGAGGAAGAAAACUAGCGACCAACAUUCAUUUCUUCCUGCUUCCUGACUGUGGAUGCAAUGUGACCAGCGACCCCCAGUUCCUACCACCCCAUGAUGGACUGCACCCCUCAGUCUAUGAAGCCAGAAUAAACCCUCCUCCACUAAGAGGCUUUUGUCGGGCUAUUGUGCCCCAUACGUUAGCAGGGAAACUAACACACGUGGUUUGUUUCGACAGCACAGCGUUGAAAUCUCCACUGAAAGCUUCGUUUAGAAGCAAAUUGCUCCUGACACUAGAAAAUGAGGCAGAUUAGAACAUCCAUCCGCUCCCACCCACACCCUGCUUCCCUGUUCACGCCCACUUUUGGCCAUGCCACCCUUGGCCUUAGUGUGUAUCAAAUUCUCUGGCUGAGCUAAACACCCACACACUUCUGGGUCUGAGCAAACACAACUGAGCCUCCAAAACAAGAGGCCUGUUCUAUGCACUGAGUGAGGGCUGGAGCCCAGAGAUACGGAGGGUAUGGCGACGGAGGGUAUGGCGCAUCCUUACAGGCCUACCCACCCCCAAGCUUCUUGCCAAGAUUAUUUCUAGGUCAUCUGCAGAGAAGUUCUGUUGGUGCUGGAAGCAAAGCCAAGGAGCACCACUUCUGCCAAAAACCCUGCUUCUUCCAAUGGGCCAGAUACUUGCUGCAGACCCUGGAAUUUUUCCAUCCGGAGCUGUGGAGUACUUUCUAUUUAGAAAAGAAUUUGCAGUGAUUGGGUGAUUCAAUGCCUGCUCAGUGGGUUGUCAAAAGACAAGAAUUCUCACCCACGGGUACAGCUAAGCAGGCUGAACUUCCCAGAUCUGCCUCCAAGCUGAGGUUUUUCAGUUUGAGAAAAUUACAGACCUCAAAUCCUUUUUUGUUAAAAUAGAUCGUGGGCUCAAGCGCAUGUUCUACUGGAUCCUGGAGCCUCCGCUUCCCUCCUACUCCUCCCUCCCCAGGGUCAGGCUUGUGACUCUGACUACGGGAAUCUCAUCUGGCCUGUCACAGUUUUAGAGCGGCAGGGCUUCAGGGACACCCCUGAAGCACCAUUGAUGAAAUGGCUGGGUGGCACCGUGCUCACCCCUGUUAUGCAGAGCUACUGACUUGUGUUUGCUCGUGGGGCUGUGUUGACAUCAGGGCAGUACCUGAACCACAGGUGUAGUUCUGGGAUGAGCCUAAAACGUGCUGUCUUCCAUUUGGGUACCACCCUAAGUGAUUGGGCAGGCAGCUUGGGAAACACAAAGGCAGGGCUGAGUAAGCGUAAUACCUCUGAGCAAACAGAAGCAAACAGUGUCGGUAGCCUCUGAAAGUUUACCCAUAUGUGAGUUGCUUUAGGUAUCAUGGGUCUAGGGCCUAAAGAAGUGUUUCUCAACCUAUGGGUUGCAACCCCUUUAGAGGUCAUAAAUCAGAUAUCCUGCAUAUCCGAUAUUUACACUAUGAUUACUAACAGUAACAGAAUUACGCUUACGAGAUAGCAAUGAAAUAAUUUUAUGGUUGGGGUUCACCAUAUCAUGAGAUAUGAAAGGGUUGCAGCGCUGGUUUAGAGGAAGAUUCCUGGGGAUCUUAUAAAACAAGGCAGAGCUCCGACUACUGGGAUUGCAUGGACACAUUCUGAAUGAAACUGGGGUGUGGUGGUCCCCAUAAGCAUCACGGUUGGCAUAAGAAAGAAAUCUGGUUCCGCUCAACCAGCUGGUUAGUCAACCAGCACUUGGCCAAAUUUCUGAAGUCUGAUGCCAAGUGAAUUAUUUUUUACAGUAAAACUUCGAACAAACUUUUCCUCGUGACAAUUAUCACAACAAAGCUUUAGGUGUGGCUACAUCAAAACUCCUUUGCAAAGUACAUUUCUUUAGCAAAGCCCCUUGUGAACUUCUCUAUUAGAAUGAGUUCUGUUGGCUGAGAAACACUGCUCAGGAGUUCGGGCCUAGAGAGAAAGAGUUUACAAUAAGCAUCAGAAUGGGCCCUAUUGACCGAGAAAUGGUGCUCAGGAUUUGGGGGAUUUGGGUGAAGGCUGGCUCCAUAGACUAGCCCAAGAUCACCAGGUCAGUAAACAACACUGACUCCAACCUCCCCGCAUUUUUUUAAUGGAUUUCUUCCAUUAAAGAAAAAAGCCUGGGUGUUUAACAAUUCUGUUUUCUCUAGUGCUGAUCCGUGAGCACGUGGACCUCUUGCCCUUGUACACUGGGGUACAUGUGGGUAUAACACAAGAGGACUUUUAAAAGUUGUAGCUUCAGAAGCCCAGAUGUAAAGAUGAACUUGAUAAUCCUAGGGGAAGGCAGAUCACCAACCCAGGCCUCCCUCUUCAAACAGCCUAACUGUAGAAGUUCAUUAGUCUAGGUUGAGUUCAUUAGUUGUUGAACGUCCCACGGUAGUGACGAGAGCUAGAGGUGACCAGCCUGAAACCAGGCGACAUGCUAUAUCAUAGAGGGUCAGCACCCCAGACAACUUUCUGGGAGAGCCAGGUAGGAACUCCUACUGUGCCCCCAUGAAAGUGCAUGCGAGGGGCCUUCCAGAGAGUAAGGCUGCCUCCCCCAACCACACACAUGCACACACACAUACACACACACGCACACACACACAUAUACACACGCACGCACACACAUGCACACCAUGCUAUGCUGCAGGUAGCAGAAUCAGGACACAGCAGCUCCUGUUCCUGCCGUCAGUCAUGGAUGGCACUUUCUUACCCCCCUAGAGGACGUCCUUAUGCCCUGAGAGCCUUGAUGACUUGCCACAUGUCCCUACAUGAGAGGCUCCAACUGCCACUAGAACCAGGAAGCAAUGAUAAUAUGCUGAUGAGGCUCAGUGACCCACAGGCUAUGGGACUUCUAAGCCACCUUCUCCCAGACCACAUCAGGAGAGAGUUGCCAAAGCUAAGGAGCUGGGAGCAGGAGAGGCAAUGAAGUUCAAAGGUCAGGCAGUGUUGAGCUGACAUCAGAGCAGAUGGGUUGCAAGAAGUAAGGACUUGGUCAUCGUACAAACAUCACCUAAGUAACUCAUGAGUUAAACUCUGUACAAAAAAAAAAAAAUUAAACCCACUUCAACCUGCCAGGCUUAUAGUAUCAGCUCAGUUAUCCCUCUUGGAGACCAGGCCCUCCCCAAAACCCACGUCUACGAUUCUACCAUAGGAAGUAAAUUCCUGGUAGCCAUGAAGGGCAAGGUCAAUCCCACAGGUUCUCAGAUCCUUUUAUCUAUGCUUAUCUACCCUGUCAAAGAGUUGUGCCCUUGCUGGGACAAAUCCACUUCUUUCGCUCAAUAGGAAAGAUGACAGUUUUUGUUUACUUAUUUAGUAAUUACACCAAUGGGCCCAACCCACCAAGCAAGCACUCAGAAGUGUACUUUUCCAUAGCAGAAUUAGAAACCAACAAGGAACAUUGUUUUAUCUAUCAUUCUUACACCAGACAAGGGGGUGUCUCCAUGGGGUACAUCACACCCUAUUCUUCUUUGGACCAACUCUCCUCUGUGGGAGCACAUACAGCCUUCAUCCUCCAUCCCAUGGGGACCUCAGAGCUGUAAGGAGGGAGGUAUCAGCACAGCUUUCACCCAACACAUUUAGUAGCAUAGCAAACAGAUCUUCCCCGGGGGAAAAACACAAUCUUUUAUUUCCAUCAAAGCAUUCACGAAGGUGGGAAAAAUGGUGCAAAUAUUAUUCUAGCAGAGCAGUAAUAGCUUUUUUUGCAAGUAUAAAUACAAUCCUCACAAUGAAAUAUAACAUCUCCAUGGACUGUGCUGUUGUUUACUAGAAGCUGUAUCUAUUUUCCUUCCGCAUGUCACGUGCCCAGUCCCGAUCCUCAACUAUUCCAAACUGAUAGAAAUGCGUGGCAGACGGACCAAAGAGAUUUGCCCCUUCAUUGCAAGGAGCUUGUGCUCGACAAGGCUCAACUCAUAAAUCCUACAGUGUGAAUGAAAGGAGUUUUGAGAAAUGUAUUCUUUUUCUAAAAUAAACCAGUGUUUUGCAUGUACCAGGGGAGCUGGUACAGUGAAUUAUGCAUGUUGACAUGCCUGUCAAUUGAUCAUCUGGUCGACCGCUUUCAGGCUGCCAAGCACCCACUCUGUCUUCCAAAGAAAAUCUUUUCAAAGGUAAUAUAUU